AUAGUCUCCGCCGGCAUCCCACCCUGUCCUGUCCUGUCCUGCCCCUCACCUUCGCCCAGCUCCUGCCUGUCUCCGUCGCCGCCGCCUCCGCGCUCAUUCCACACAGGCCCGCUGCGCGCCCCGUCGCGUCUUCGCACAGGAAACCCUCGUUUGCCUUGCGCACCUCAGACUGUUCAGCCCAUCUCUGAACCCAUCGCGAGUUCUCUCGCAUGACCAUCAUGGCGUCCCCGGAGACUCCCAAAGCACCCCCACCCAGCGAUCAGUCGGGCGUGGCCUUUGUCAAGGGCGGAAAGCGCAAGCGGCUCAGCAAGGUGCGCACCAAGGCCACUGGUGAUCUGCUGCACCACGCUCAUGUGUCCUCUCCUCCACCCGUUGCCAGGCGUGCGAUGCCUGUCACAAGAGCAAACGCCGCUGCGACGGAACCGGAGUGCACCUACACCGAUUCGUCUGGCCGGCCCGUCCCCGCUCCUCGCUCGAACGCUAAUCAGGACAGGGUGCCUCCAGCUCGGAUAUCAACCGGAUACGCGAAUCCGCCCACUGCAUCCGAGGGUGGUGGUGGUGGUGGUGGUGGUGGUGGUGGUGCGAGCGUGCGUCGGCACGCCGAGCUCGACUCCUCGGCAAAGCGCGUCAAGCCUGAAACGUCCCCCAGUAUGGCGUCGGCUACGAGCUCAUCGCCCAGUGCGGACUCGGGACACGACUCGCCGACGUCGUCGCUGGACCCUGUCCUCCAGCUGCAGCUGAUAGAGUUGUUCUUCGCGCACUGCAACCCGCACCGGCUGAUCAUCCACAAGCCGUCGUUCUCCGCGUCGCUGACGCACGAGCGGGUGCCGCAGUGCCUGAUCCUCGCGCUGUGCGCGCUGGCGGCGCCGUGGUGCAAAGACAUCACGUCGACGGCGCCGAUGCCGCGGCUUGCGGGAGUGCAGUUUUUCCAGGAGGCGGUGAACAUGAUGUUCGACGCGUCUGGCCGCCUGCUGAGCGAGCCGUCCCUGGCGACGGCACAGGCCCUGUGCCUUCUGGAAAUGCACGAGAUAGCAGCGUCCCAUUCGUGGACGAAGCACUAUCGCUACUUUGAUUUGGCUCUCAAGGUUCUCGAAGACGCCCUCGAGGUCCACAAGGCCGACUCCCAGGCCUCGCUCGCUGGCCUCUCCGUCGUCGAGGCCCGCCAGUACAACAUCGAGCGCGAGUGCACCCGCCGCUGCUUCUGGCUCGUCCAGUGCAUGGAGUGGAUCAACGGCAUCUACACCUACCGCCAGAUGCGCCCCCGCAGCGCCGAGCUCACAAAGAUCCUCCCUCUCCCCCUCGACGAGAACAGCUUCGAGCUCGGGCGGUCCAAGCCUCCCGAAUUUUUGCACCAGCCAGCACCGCGCAGCAAGAUGGCGUCACAGUUUGGCCAUGUGUGUCGCGCGCUAUCCAUGUACUACACGCUCGAGACAAUUAUCGCCACCAAGCCCGCGGAGACUCGCCCGCCGGCACUGGCUGCGUGUCGAGAAGCCGUCCAGGCGUGGGUAACGUUGCUCCCGGACCAGCUGCGGUUCUCACCGGAAAGCCUCGAAAAACAUAUUGAGAUGUUCGCGACGGGGGCCAACACGGGCGCGUGGUGUUUCCUAUUCAUUCAUACGCUGCACCCCUGCCUGAGCCUCGAGCUGGCGGACGCCGAGGAAAGGCUACACGAGGAGCCCGUCGGCUGGGUCAGGGACCAACUCGACCAGGUCUUCAAGGCAACGGGCUUACGCGCCAAGAACACCAUCCUUUCGGCAUGCACCAUCUGGACGUAUAGCAAAUACUUCCCGACGGACCCACUGGUGCAGGAAUGGGACAACCAAUUCGAGACGCAGUGGGGCUUCCGGGUCACCGUCGUCGCCGACCAAUGGCGCAAGACCCAGAGCGAGCAGCAGAACCAGAUCGGGCGGACGUACCCCGUCGAGGGUGUGUCCCAGAGCCACGGGAGUCCCGCCUUCCGGACCGCCUCUUCCAGCUCGUCGUCGCCGACGUCCCAGCACGGGUCGGCGACAUCGCACUCGCAGCCGUCGUCGACGCGCAGCUCGCCGCGGGACCGACACAGUGUCGUCGACCUUCGGGCCGCGGCCAGUCAGCAGCACCCACAGCAGCACCCACAGCAGCACCCACAGCAGCAACCCCACCAGUCCCAUCACCAAUCCCAUCACCAGUCCCCGUCUCAGUCUCAGUCUCAGUCCCAGUCCCAGCACCAGCACCAGCACCAGCACCAGCACCAGUCCCAGCACCAACACCAACACCAGCACUACGAGCAGCUGGCGGUGCGUGACCCGAUGCGUCCCGAGGCGGUGGCCCCGCGGACGCUGCAGCCGCAGCAGUCGCUGCCGUCGCUCAAGGCGAGCGGGCUCCUCGACAACUGGCGGCCGCCCACCGAGGCCUUCGCCCAGGCCGUCUCGAUCUCGGGGCCGAACGGCGCUGGCCCCAUGCUCCACAGCCCGCACGCGCUCGGCCAGCCGUCUGCCGGCCCCGGCCCCGGACCCGGCGCCGCCGCUGGCGUGAGCGGCUGGCGGCGGGACGGGCAGUGAGCCCUGCGGCGUGACUCGCGACCUGACUCGCGACCCGACUCGCCACGCGGCUCAUUCGCCGCGUCACCCCGCGCCGCGCCUGGACGGUAAUGACCUGGCGCGGAUUUAAGCGAUUUUAUCUUACUAUAUGCGCACAUCUCGCCGUUUUUUCUUUCUUGUUUGAUCUAACUUACUCGCCCACUCCUACUCUCACGUAUACUUACUGUCCAUCGCUGCUGCUGUCGCUGAAAUGCCCUCUCUUUCCUGCGCGCACCACUCCUACACACAAGUUGUAUUUCUACGCUCGUUUCUUGUGCGUUGUGCUCGGGCUCGGGAUCGUCUUGAUUUCUUUUCC